GCUGCAGAAGAUGUCAAUGUUACUUUUGAAGAUCAACAGAAAAUUAACAAGUUUGCAAGAAAUACUAGCAGGAUCACAGAGCUGAAAGAAGAAAUAGAAGUGAAAAAGAAACAACUUCAGAACUUGGAAGAUGCUUGUGAUGAUAUCAUGAUGCUUGAUGAUGGUGACUCGUUACUGAUACCUUACCAAAUUGGAGAUGUUUUCAUUAGUCAUUCCCAAGAAGAGACACAAGAGAUGCUGGAGGAGGCAAAG